UUCAUUCGAGUGUGGAGGGCGUGAAAUGUGAAUCAGAAUGCCUUCAUUUACUCAACUUAGCUUUAGGCUUUAGCUAAUGCUCUCCUUCUUUUCUCAUCCCUUUCUUGUCUGUCUCCCAACCAAAAAGCCAGAGCUUAUAUAUAACUUCGACUUUUCCACCGUAAACCCACCGUUUUCCUGCGUGCGUCUGGAGAAACAUUUCAUAGAGAUCCACAAACAGCAGGAGGAGAGGAGAAAUUGGGUGCCCCUCCCUCCCGUGAAAGGGGAAUAAAGAGAUGACAGACUGGGGACCAGUAUUCGUAGCAGUGGUUCUUUUUAUCCUGUUAACCCCGGGUCUGCUAAUUCAGAUACCGGGUCAUAGCCGAUUUGUUGAGUUCAGCAACUUUCAGACCAGCGCCUCUAUACUGGUCCACUCCCUUCUCUACUUUGCUCUCAUUUGCAUCCUCUUGUUAGCAAUUGGCUUCCACGUCUACAUGGGACUGGGGGCGGUGCUAAUCGGGGUGGUUCUGUUUGUACUGCUGCAACCGGGCUUGUUGUUUCAGUUCCCGGGCAACAACAAAAAUCUUGAGUUCGGGAGCAUGAAGACCAACGGCAAGUCUAUCGCCGUUCACACUCUCAUCUUCUUUGCACUUUAUGCUAUCCUCAUCCUCGCCGUCCACGUUCACAUCUACACCGGCUAGCUCCUGCUUCGCUCUCAUCGCUGCCGCCGCCAUCAUCAUCAUCAUCAUCCCCAUCCCACCUACACCUUCUGUCUGUUGUUCUCAGGUCACUACGCGCUACUAAACUAGAAUCUACCAAAAAGAAAGGAAAAAAAAACUCCGAAGCCCAGAUCUAGAUCUCAAUAAUAUCUUAUGCUAUGUUAAUCGGAGAUCUGAUCCCGUACCGGACAGCAAUGUAGUAGCUCUCUGCUCUUUGAUUGAAAUAUCAUUUGGUAUUACCUUACUGCUAGUAGUAGUAGUGGUCUGUUUAUCUUGAAACGUUUAGCUGCCCUCUCUCUCUCUCUCUCUCUGCUAUUAGUUACCACUAGCUGGCUCUCACUUCCGUUGUUGCUCUGGCUUUUUCCAUCAAUUUUGAAUAUGUAAUUUACAAGUCUUUUAAUGUACUACUCAAAUUUUUCAGUUUU